AUGGGGGACAUUACGAAGCUCGAGAGAUCUCAGGGUUUGGGUGAUUCAAUGGAUGAUUUGAAGACUUCAGGACUGCUGGACGGUGUUGUUGGCGUUGAAACCGAUGUUGAAACUAAUGAUGCUGAUGAUCUUGAUCUUUUUGGUUUCGUCAAUAACACUGUAAUAAACGACUUGUUUGAUAUAUUCGAUAAAAUUUAUUCAUCAGAUCAUUUAUUAGUAUUGGAUAAAGCAUUGUCACCAUUGAUUAAUUAUCUUGUGCCGUUCAAAACAUUCAAACAAAGAGGGAAAUUUGAUAAAGUCAUAUGGCUUGGUGAAGACAUAAUUGAACACCAUCAAAAUAUUAUCAUAAUUGCAGAUAAUAAUACCAAAUUUAAUAUUCCUGAUCAUUCACGGGUCACUGUGAUUGUUAAAAACCUAUCAAAGAGUAAGUUAUAUGAAAUUAAUCAAGCAACUCCAGCAUUAAACCUAGAUCUCAAUGAUAUCAUAAACAAUGAUUUAAAGUUCGUUAGAGGUAGAAAUAUCAAGAUAUAUAAUUGGCAGGUCAAUGGAAUAACCAUCAAUGGGAUUUUAUCAUUACAAGAUAAUAAAUGUAUGAAGAACUAUUUCAACGAACCUGUUAAACAAAUAAAUGAAUUGAAUGAUGGAUUAGUCAACUUAAUUGAUAAAGAAGGUAUUAAAAUCAAUAAUAUUUAUUCCAUAGGUAAUAAUAGUGAAAAAUUGAUUGAUAAUUUCAAUGUCAAGAAGAAUCAAUAUUUGAAUUAUCGUAUGAACAAUUUACAACAAGAAUUUUAUUUGAAUAAGAUGAAACCUACUCAUAAUUUGAUCGUAGUUGAAAGGAAUAUAGAUUAUGUGCCAUUAGUGAUGAACCAGAUUAAUUAUGUGGGAUUAAUAGACGAUUUGAUUGAUAUCAAGAUAAAUUUGAUCAAAUUAAAUGAUGAAGAAACCAUUAAAGUUGAUGAUGAAUUAUUUGAAAAUUUAAAAUUCUUAAAUUUUUCAUUAAUAGGACUUAAGUUGAAUAAAUUAGCUAGGUUAAUCAAAAAUCAAUAUAAUUCCAAUCCUAAUGAUUUAGAUUUAAUUAAGAUCAAAGGUUUAAUAAAGAACUUAUCAAAUUUGAAUAAACAACAAGAUUUAAUCAAGAAACAUACAAAUAUUUCCGAACAUUUACUUAACAAAAUUAAAUUCAAUGGUGAUAAUAAGUUUGAUGAAUUUGAAAUCUUCUUGAAUUUUGAAAAUGAAAUAUUUACCAUGACUUAUAAAGCACAGAUCAAUAAAUUGAAUGAUUUCUUAUUGAUGAAUUUAAAUGAAAAGAUCAUCAUCAAUUGUAUAAUUCUUAUAUCUAUAGUCAAUAGUGGAUGGAAAUUUAAAGAUUUCGAUGGGUUGAAGAAUUCAUUGAUGGGUAAUUUUGGGAUUGAAAUAUUGAAUAAACUUGAUAAUCUUUUAAAAUUCAAAUUAAUUAAAUUUCAAGAUAUGGAAAAUGAUUUCACCGAUAAUACCAACUUAGACAUUCAUAACAGUACUUAUACUUUACUCAAUAAGUUCUGGUCAUUGCAUCCAGAGGAACCUGAAGAAUUUGAGGAAGAAAUUAAUGAUUUAAAUGAUUAUAAAUCUCCUAACUUCACCUUACCUUCAAACACCAUACCAUUAAUGAUCAGAAUAAUUGAAUCAUUAUUUACUAGAGAAUUCUUAACUUAUAAACCAUUGAAUAAAAUAACCAAACAGCCAAGUUGGGAGAAUUUAUCAUUAAAUAAAAUGUUUAAAACUCCCAUCAUAGAGAAUAAAACCAAUGAUUAUGUGGAUAAAUCUAUAAUAAUGUUUUUGGGAGGAAUAACCUAUAGUGAAAUAUCAUGUAUUAAUUAUUUAAAUAGUAAAUUAAAAUCCAAAGGACAUAAAUUAUUCAUAAUUUCCAAUGGGAUUAUUAAAAAUUCCAAUUUACAACAAUUUUUAAAUGAAUAG